AUGAAGACAUUAAAUACAGAACAUAAUUGUGGUGUUGCUUAUGAUAACAAUACCGUUGAUUUCAGUACCAUUGCACAGUAUUUCAAGCUUAAAUUACAGGAUAAUCCUAAGUGUAAUGUAAAGGAGAUGAUGGCAGAUUUGAAGAGGGUUUUUGAACUAAAUAUUAGUCAUGAUAAGUGUAAGAGAGUAAAGAGAAUGGUCUUGGAAAGCUUAGAUGGUAGCUUUAGUGAUGAGUACAACAAACUUGAAGCUUAUGUAAUUGAAUUGAGAGAUAGUAAUCCAGGCAGUGAUGUGGUUAUAAACCUUUUAAAGAAUACACUUGAAGAAGGAACAAGAAGAUUUUUGAGGAUGUAUAUUUGCUUUCAAGCUUUAAAGAUUGGUUUCAAGUUAGGGUUGAGACCUUUUAUUGGUCUAGAUAGCACUUUCUUAAAGGGGAAAGCUAAGGGCCAACUGCUAGUGGCUGUUGGACAGGAUUCACAGAACCAUUUCUACCCUUUGGCUUGGGCAGUUGUUGAUAAAAGGACAAAGAAUACAUGGAACUGGUUCCUGCAGUUGCUUCAACAUUCUCUGGACCUCAAGGAUGGGGAAGGAAUUACUUUCAUGUCAGACAUGCAAAAGGGAUUAAUUGAUGGUGUUAGAACUGUCCUUCCUCAUUCACAACAUAGAUAUUGUGUUAGACAUAUUGAGGCUAACUGGUGCAAGAUAUACAAUACUGGUGAAAGCAAAAAACUACUUUGGUGGUGUGCAUGGUCUACUUAUGAGAAGGAAUUCAAGGACUAA